UUGUACAUUAUACAAAAUAUAUGGAACAAUUUUAAAUGUCGUUAUUAGUAUUUUAAUGCAACAGUAUUAUUAACACGAUGGCUAUGUGCUCAGUAGAUGAAAAUCUUAGUGAUGAUGAAGUAUUUUUUGGAAAAUUAUCUUUAAAAGAAGUGAAGAAACAUAUUUUAUUUAAUAAUUUUCGUCAAACUUUUUCGUGUGCUGAAAGCGAUCAAUUUGUAAACGACGAUAGCAUUAGUGUAAUCGAGACGCAUUCUGAGCCCGACAUAUAUUCUGUAAGAAAUGCUGAUGCAGUUCUCGAUUGUUAUUCAAAUGCAAACUCUACUCCAAUGGCUCCUACAGACUGGGAUGUUAAAUCUACAGAUGAUAGUUUUUUAAAACUAGAAGAAAUGGUAACUGAAAUGUGUACAUCGCCAAAGCCUAAUGUCAAUAAUGUAUUAGAUAAUACUUUAGAAGUCGUAGAAUAUAUUUUAAAUAAUGCACAUUUGAACGAUAAUGAAAAUAACAAAGCCGAAAAAAAUAUUAUCGGAACAGAAAAGGAACAAAAUCUUAACAUUCCAGAAAUAAUUACAAGUUCAAUAAAAGAAAAUGAUGAUGUUGAAAUAAAAAAUGAAAAUGUAAGUGAAAAAAAUGAAAGGGAAAUCAUGAGUACAGAACCAGAAAAUAAAAGUAUUGAAUCUAAAACAAAAACCGAUUUAGAAGUUGAAAGGUUAUAUAAAACACCUUUAAAAAAUUCCUGUAACUUACAGAAAUAUGUUCAAGGUGUAAAGACUGAAAGUAUUUCAACACCAUUUGUUGAAACAAAAUGUUCUAAAGAAAUAUUUAAAACUCCAAAGAAUCCCUUAUCAUCUAAAAAGUAUCAACUGUCCUCUACAAAGAAAACACCUGGCAAAAUAAACCCUUAUCAACAUAUCACUAGUCCUGUAGCGUCUUAUAUCAAGAAUGGUCCACAAGUUCCACUAUUGAGGGAUGUGCAUCCAAAAAGACCCUUACCUGGUUGCUCUUCUAUUCCUAAAUUAGUAAAAAACACAAGUGAUAGUAAAUUAGGCAAUAAAGAAAAUGUCUUGCUACCCUCACUUGCCUAUAGAAGUGCUAAAAAAACUAAAAUGAUAACAAUUCCUGACAAAGAGAAGCUGCCAGAGAGCCCAUGGGCUAAAAGAGUAGCUUCUUCCUUACCAAAACCAGUUGUAAUUAAACAUGACCACAGAGAAAUGAAUGCUAUGAAAAAGUCUCUGUUAUCUCAUCAAGAAGACAGCUUUGCUGACCUAACACUUCACCAAGCUGAUUUAUCUGUUUGUACUCAGAAAUCUGCAGUAAAUAAGCCUUUAUGAGUUUGACUUUCUUUAAUCGAUUUUUAACCAAUAAAAAGUUGCACUUUUAA